UUAAUAUCAAAUAUACCUAAGAGCUAACUGUUAUAUCAUAUUAUACAUUAUUAAAAACAUUAUUUUUUCACAAAAGUUCAUGCAAGUGUUAAUUAGGCUGUGAUUAACAUCAUUUUGGGUCCAUUGCAGUGUCUCGGAUCUGUGGGGGAAGGGGGAGUAUUAUUAGGCAAUGAUGAUGGUGCUUAGUUGUUGUUGUUUCACAAGUGUUAAUGGGGUCCCAUCAAUAUGGCGGGGUAAUCCCCACCCAGAUGGACAUAUUGCAGUUUGUGGUACUUUCCACAAAAGGCAAUCGGGGUUUGGGUGGGGUUUUGCAGCCAUUUGAUGUUUGGCAACUUUGUUACGCAUGCUGUCAAUAUUUACACCAUACUGAGCCACAUUUAUAAAUAUAUAUCCACAUAUUAUUUAGAUCCGGAUGGGGAUGCUCUUAUUUCUUGAAUUCUUAUGAUUUGCAUGUUGUUUGGUUGUUGUUUUCUUGUUAUGUUGUAAUACAAUUGGCUUGUGGUAACUAAUCGAACUCGGCUGUGAUGAUGUUUUCGACUUGGCACGCAUUCCGGAAAUUUGUUGGCACCUCAAUGGCUAGGUAACCCGGACGGCCAUCAAGUAGUGGCAACCGAACGUUGCAGCCAUGAGUGGGUGGCCAAAUUUCCAUUAUGUCACCAAUCGGUUUCUGAGCCAAUGACCCCGACCCCCACCCCGACCCCAAACUUGUUGGUUCUAACAUUUAAACAUUUUUGAAGAGAUGGAUUCACAAGACCAUGGACAUAUGUACUUCACCAACCUCCUUAGCCAAGAUCCUCAACUCGACCCCACUUCCGGUGGGCAAAGUGGAUCCUCCCCUAUGACUCUUGGUGACUCUCCACCCCUACCCCCUAAUGAGCCUAUCGGCAUUAGGAAAUCAGUCAGGGGUGCGAACUUCACCCCUGAAGAAGACAAGUUACUUGUCUCUGCAUGGCUAAAUUGUAGCCUUGAUGCCGUCCAAGGAACGGAUCAAAAACACUCCCAACUUUGGGAAAAAAUCUUUGAGUACUUUCAGCAAUAUAAGGAAACCACAAAUGAGCGGACAAUAAAGUCUCUAAUACAUCGGUGGUCAGUUAUUCAAAAGGCCACAAAUAAAUUUUGUGCGAAACUAGCUCAGAUUGAAGGGUUAAAUCAAAGUGGCAUGACCGACCAAGACAAGUUUGACAAGGCGAAGAUUAUGUACCAGUCGUUAGAAAAAUGCACCUUUCAGUUCGAGCAUUGUUGGCACCUAUUGAAGGACCAACCUAAGUGGAUUUGGCGCGCCACAAAGGAGGAUCCAAAGCGAAGGAAGACGAUGUCCCCAUCCCCGACCCCGACCCCGACUCGAUGUUCCGCGGCUACGGAGGAUUCAGUUUUUGAUCUCGAGACAGAGACAGUGAUAGAGAAUGAGGUUAUCGAAUUGGACCGGCCAAUGGGAAGAAAAGCUGAAAAAGGAAAACGAAAGGCCCAAGGCAGGCAAGCUGAGGAAAAUUUCCAACUCAGAAAGAUGAAGUAUACUAUGUUAGAGGAGUCACGCGCUCAGGAGAAAGAGUUUUAUCGCCUGAAGGCCGAGAAGAUGGAGUAUGACAAGGAGAAAGAGGAAAAAAAAUUGCGGCUUGAAGAUGAAAGACUGAGGUUGGAGGCAGAGAAGAUUAAAAUUGAAGCUGCAAAAGAGCAAAGUAAAAUCCGUCAAGAGGACGAAAGGCUGAGGUUGGAGGCUGAGAAAGUGGAGCUUGCGAAGAAGGAAUCAGAUCAGCGCAUUAUGAUGAUGGAUGUGAGUGUCAUGCCAGAAAUGCAGCGGCUAUAUUUCGAGCAACUCCAGAGGGAAAUCAUCAUGAGACGAAGUCAUGCCCAAGGACCGGAUUGAUUUUAUAUUUAUGUAUUUGAUAUUUAUUUAGUUUCGGACAAUGAUAUAUGUGUAAAAAGUAAAAUUGAACAUUUUUUGUACUUAUGAUUAGUGAAAGCACCAAUGA